AUGACAGAUGGAACUAUUCAUGGCACUUCGGCGUCACUAUCGUCGCCAAAUCCAAAGCUGAAUCCUCCACCUCCAACCGCAUCGUCAGCGGUAGAAUCAUUCGCAGCCUUGACUACUUCAUCCCACUUUCUCUUCUUCUUGGCCUCCAGCUCAAGCAGGGCUUGCUCGAGGAUUUCCGGGUGGGCCUCUUGCAUUCUCUCGACAAACAAGCUAUACGGGUCCUCGAUAUCCUUUCGGAAACCAGAUACCUGGUCUGCUUUAUUCUUCAUAAAGUCCAGGGUGGAACGGAGGUGUUUGCGAGGCACAAAGUUCUGCGUGAUGGCUAUUGACUCUGACAGGUUGACUACCAGAUGCCACCAGCCCGAGGGCACAUGUAGGACCUCUCCUUCGCCGCAUAUGCCUUCCAGACAGCCGGGAGUGUUCCGUGCCUCGUCGUGGAAGUUGAGAAGCCAUUCUGCAAUGCUGAGAGGGGAGGUUACUUCUGACUGGUCGGCAGAGACAUAG